AAAUUGGAGAAUUUCGGGGAAAUUGACAACGUGUAUGAGGGGAAUCGAUAUUUUUUUACUGGCAGCCCUGAUGUUGACAGCUCAUCUGUGAAAUAGAUUCCUUUUCAAUCGGCCAUUUUUGCCGCGACUGUCUUCGAACAUGUCGCAUAGAAAGUUUUCGGCGCCCCGUCAUGGGUCCAUGGGAUUCUACCCCAAGAAGAGGUCCCGCCGUCAUCGUGGUAAGGUGAAGGCUUUCCCCAAGGAUGAUGCCAGCAAACCAGUCCACCUUACCGCCUUCAUUGGUUACAAGGCUGGUAUGACCCACGUGGUUCGUGAACCUGACCGUCCUGGAUCAAAGAUCAACAAGAAGGAGAUCGUAGAGGCUGUGACCAUCAUCGAGACGCCACCCAUGGUGUGCGUCGGAGUGGUUGGUUACAUCGAAACUCCUCAUGGUCUCCGCGCUCUGCUCACUGUCUGGGCUGAGCACAUGUCCGAGGACUGCCGCCGUCGCUUCUACAAGAACUGGUACAAAUGCAAGAAGAAGGCAUUCACCAAAUCCAGCAAGAAAUGGCAGGAUGAGCUUGGACGCAAGUCCAUUGAGAAGGACUUCAAGAAAAUGAUCCGCUACUGCAGUGUGAUCAGGGUUAUUGCCCACACCCAGAUGAAGUUGCUGAAGCAGCGUCAAAAGAAAGCUCACAUUAUGGAGAUCCAAGUCAACGGUGGAUCCAUUGAAGACAAAGUUAAAUGGGCAAGGGAACAUCUUGAGAAGCCCAUCCCCAUUGACUCUGUGUUUGCCCAAGAUGAGAUGAUUGACUGCAUUGGUGUCACCAAGGGUAAAGGAUACAAGGGUGUGACCUCCCGUUGGCACACAAAGAAGUUGCCCCGCAAGACGCACAAGGGUCUGCGUAAGGUUGCUUGUAUUGGAGCGUGGCAUCCUUCAAGAGUUUCAUUCACUGUUGCCCGUGCUGGUCAGAAGGGCUACCACCAUCGUACAGAAAUGAACAAGAAGAUCUACCGUCUUGGACAAGGAAUCCACACUAAGGAUGGCAAGGUAAUCAAGAACAAUGCUUCCACUGAGUAUGACCUGUCUGAGAAGUCUAUCACUCCCAUGGGUGGUUUCCCCCACUAUGGAGAAGUCAACAAUGACUUUGUGAUGAUCAAGGGUUGCUGCAUGGGACCUAAGAAACGUGUCAUUACUUUGAGAAAGUCCCUCCGUACGCACACCAAGAGGGCCGCCCUUGAGAAGAUCAACCUGAAGUUCAUUGAUACAUCUUCCAAGUUCGGUCACGGUCGCUUCCAGACGCCGGCUGACAAGGCUGCGUUCAUGGGAACACUCAAGAAGGACCGCAUCCGCGAAGAAGCUGCCGCCACCACCGCGCCAGCGGCUCCCGCUCAGUCCUAGACAUCUUUAUGGACUAAUAAAUAUAAGAAAACCUAC